UUUUUUUUAAGCUUGGAUUCCUCUGUUCUUUUGGUUGCCCACCCCAAGGGUGGAAGAGGGAAGGCUGAAGGAAGGGAGGCUCCUUGAGCGUCUGCCUGCUGCUGGACAGACUGGGCUGUGUACAGCUGUGUCCCACUGCCCAGCCCAGAAGGAAGCUCGGAGAACAGCAGGAUCUAUGGUCUUCGUCCUUGGGGUCCUCCCCUCCCCAUUCUACCCCCUAUAAGUAUUUGGCUUCAAAUUCUGGAGUCUUGACCUGGCCUGGUUGUUACGUGUAUAGGAGGGCUUUUUUGGGGGUGGGAGGAGGGUUUUUUUUUUUUUUUUUUUGGAAGACUUUUUGGUGAUUUUUUUUUCUUUUUAACAUAUUAGGACCCUUGUGACAACCUUAACACGUUCCCAGAAACCGAUAACAUUUGCACAACAUUUGUGUUGGUUUUGAGGGGUGUUGAUUUUUAACUCUUCCUCUCCCCCUCACCCUCCUCACAAAGCACAGGGCUCUCUUUUUCUCAUCUGGGUCUUUUAUUUUAAUUUUUUUUUUUUUUUUGGUGGAAGUAGGGAUCUCACAGGCACCCUGGUCCCUUUUUACCUUUUCCCAUCCUUGAUCACUCCUCUGGCCUUCCCCUCCCUGGCCCCUUUCCUACCUUUCUGCUGCCGCAAGAGGCCACACCAUGGCUCGGAUGAACCGGCCAGCCCCUGUCGAGGUCUGCUACAAGAACAUGCGGUUCCUCAUCACUCACAACCCUACCAAUGCUACCUUGAACACCUUCAUUGAGGAUCUAAAGAAGUAUGGGGCCACCACCGUGGUUCGAGUAUGCGAGGUGACCUAUGACAAGACCCCGCUGGAGAAGGAUGGUAUCACUGUCAUGGACUGGCCUUUUGAUGAUGGAGCUCCCCCUCCUGGCAAGAUUGUGGAAGACUGGCUCAACCUGCUGAAAACCAAAUUUUUUGAAGACCCUGGCAGUUGUGUUGCUGUCCACUGCGUGGCUGGCCUGGGGCGGGCUCCUGUCCUUGUUGCUCUGGCCUUGAUUGAGAGUGGGAUGAAAUAUGAAGAUGCCAUCCAGUUCAUUAGACAGAAGCGAAGGGGUGCCAUCAACAGCAAACAGCUCACGUACCUGGAAAAGUACCGGCCAAAGCAGAGACUCCGAUUCAAGGACCCGCACAACCACAAGAAUAAAUGCUGUAUCAUGUAACCCGGCAGCCUCUCGCCCAACACACACAUACGCCUGCCCUACACCGACUCCUCUGUCUCUGUUUCUGUCUCGUCUCUAGCUCAUACACUCUCUCACACACACACAGCCUGUCCCUCACACGCAGGCUUGGACGGGUCAGUGGCUGAUGAAGAUUUGGACAGAAGGGACACUGGCAGAUGUUUGUUCCUCUCCAAGGGAAGCAUUCUUUCUUCUCUUCUUUUUUCUGUCUUUUCUCCUUAUCUUUGUUCCUGUCUCCUCGGGUUUCUCCCGUAUCUUCUCUGUAAUUUCUUCCCUUCUUUCUCCCUCCCUGUCUCUCUCUCUUAUUCUUUCUCUUUCUCUCUCUCAUUUUCUCUUUUUCUCUUUCUCUCUCCUGUGUCCUCUCUCUUUUUAACCUUCUCUCUUUUCCCUUCACCCUUCCGAACUUGUUUUCCUUUUCUCUCCUUCCCUCUUCUCCAGUGUUCUGAUCUCUGACUCUGUUUCUCUGUUUCUUAUCUCUCAAUUUCUGCCUUUUUCCUCCUCUUUCUCUCACUCCUUCCUCUGAAACCAUCGCUGCAACCAUGGAGCAGGAAACUCAUCCUGCUUCCCGCGGCCCCAGCCCAUGUAUCUCUCCCCUCUCUGCCUGAGGGACUCAGCCCAGUCUGGCAACCUGCUUUUGGGGGGUAUGAUUUUGUUUUCUUUUGGUUUGAUUGAUUUUUUUUUUAAGUUCACUUUCCACCACUCCUCCACUCUCUCCCAUCCAACCCUCCAUCCUACCCCCACCUCAGCCUUUUGUCGUCAUCACCUUUUAAAUUAUUGGACUUUUUGAGGCAAACCAUUGUUCCAGAAGCUGAAAUGCAAUAAAAGCCUAACCUGUGGCUGGGCUCUCUCUGCAGGAGGGUGAGGAAGCCCAGGCAGUGCCAACCUGACCUGGUCUUGGCUCCCAGGUUGCAUCCCCCAUCCCCAUCCCCCAGACCCUAGGAUUGGGAAACCCACUGGGGAGAUGGGCACAGAGCUGUCCCUGCCUUCCCACUCAGCCAUCCUUCUUGCUGGGGAUGGGGGUGAAUCCCUCCAUUGGGUGGGCUUGGAAGUCACCGCCUUCUCCCCCCACUUUCCCUAGUAUCUCCUGGAGUGUUAGCAAGCCCAAGCACAAGAGGGUCCAGUCAUUGGCAGCACCUUGUGGUUGGGCCUGGGAAUUGCAUCUUCUGAAGAACAGGAUAAAGGAUCACGGAUGGUGAGCUGGAAGACCUUGAAGCUUAUCUAGUGCAAGCCCCUCAUUUUACGAGGGUGCUAAAACCCAGAAAAGUGCAGUUCCAAGGCCACUCAUUCCAUCUCUCUGCUCUUUUGGCCAGGAGCAAGGGAAGCCGUGUACCUUGCCCUGGAAGCGACUGCCAUGCUAUUUAUAGGGGGAGAUCUAACAGUAAAUGGUGGUGGUAACCCACUCGGACGUCCAGGUGAAGAACAGGGUCAGGGCAGAAAUAGGCUUGGGAAAAGGACAAAAGAUGGCUGACUCUUGCCCAAUUAGGUGCUUGCUGAAUAUUUUUUAACCUUUAAUCCUUGUGACAGAAAGAGCUGGGACUUUAAAAAAACUUGAAUUUUAGGUUGAGCUCUCUCAGUAUAUGUUCUUGGGCAAGUAAUUUUCUGGAUCUCCUGUAAAAUAAGAGGGGCUGAACUAUAAAACUCCUAUGGUCUCUUCUAGCUCUGGUAUUUUGUGGCCCACCCUAGGACCCCUCCAGCUUUUUUAGGAUUCCCUUCUUGGCCCAAAAGGAAGGAUUCGGUUUCCAGGCCUGGCCACAGGUUCACAGGAAUGAAUGGGCCCUAAGGUGCCUAAAGAAGAAGCAGAUGGGAGGGGGUGGUUUUGUCUAAAGCCUUCUGAGACACUUUGGGGUGGGAUGGCUGGGCCAGACUUGACCCUGGGAUGCUUUUAGUGCCUUGCACACAGUAGGUGCUUAAUAAAUAUUUGUUGAAUUGAAUGAAA